CUUGCCACCAGCAUGAGAACUUAUCCGUACAUCUUGAUGCUCUUUUGGGUCAACCAAUCCUACCCAACUUUCUCAAGCCCGUUAUCUAAAAGGACUAGUGGUUUCCCAGCAAAGAGGAGGGCCCUGGAGCUCUCUGCAAACAGCAGGAGUGAGCUGAGCCGUUCGAAAAGGAGUUGGAUGUGGAAUCAGUUCUUCCUCCUGGAGGAAUACACAGGAUCCGAUUAUCAGUACGUGGGCAAGUUACAUUCAGACCAGGAUAGAGGAGAUGGAUCACUUAAAUAUAUCCUUUCAGGAGAUGGGGCAGGAGAUCUCUUCAUUAUCAAUGAAAACACAGGCGACAUACAGGCCACCAAGAGGCUGGACAGGGAAGAAAAACCUGUUUACAUCCUUCGAGCUCAAGCUAUCAACAGAAGGACAGGAAGACCCGUAGAGCCUGAGUCUGAAUUCAUCAUCAAGAUCCAUGACAUCAAUGACAAUGAGCCAAUAUUUACCAAGGAUGUUUAUACAGCCACGGUCCCCGAGAUGGCUGAUGUUGGCACGUUUGUAGUACAAGUCACUGCAACUGAUGCUGAUGACCCAACAUAUGGAAACAGUGCUAAAGUUGUCUACAGCAUCCUACAGGGACAACCCUACUUUUCAGUGGAGUCUGAAACAGGUAUCAUCAAGACAGCGUUGCUCAACAUGGAUCGAGAAAACAGAGAACAGUACCAAGUGGUGAUUCAAGCCAAGGACAUGGGUGGCCAGAUGGGAGGACUGUCGGGGACCACCACCGUGAACAUCACGCUGACUGAUGUCAAUGACAACCCACCCCGUUUCCCCCAGAGUACAUACCAGUUUAAGACCCCCGAGUCCUCUCCACCGGGUACACCAAUCGGCAGGAUCAAAGCCAGUGAUGCUGACGUGGGAGAAAAUGCAGAGAUUGAGUACAGCAUCAUGGAUGGUGAGGGGCAAGAUAUGUUUGACGUCAUCACUGACCAGGAAACCCAGGAAGGAAUUAUAACUGUCAAAAAGCUCUUGGAUUUUGAAAAGAAGAAAGUGUACACCCUCAAGGUGGAAGCCUCCAAUCCCCAUGUCGAGCCCCGAUUUCUCUAUCUGGGUCCCUUCAAAGACUCAGCCACGGUGAGAAUCGUGAUAGAUGAUGUGGAUGAGCCUCCAGUCUUCAGCAAACUGGCCUACAUCCUACAAAUCCGAGAGGACGCGCAGAUAAACACAACCAUAGGCUCUGUCUCAGCUCAAGAUCCUGAUGCUGCCAGGAAUCCUGUCAAGUAUUCUGUGGACAGACAUACAGAUAUGGACAGGAUAUUCAACAUUGAUUCUGGAAAUGGUUCAAUUUUUACAUCAAAACUUCUUGACCGGGAAACACUGCUAUGGCACAACAUCACAGUGAUAGCAACAGAGAUUAAUAAUCCAAAGCAAAGCAGCCGAGUGCCUCUCUAUAUUAAAGUUCUUGACGUCAAUGACAAUGCCCCAGAAUUCGCCGAGUUCUAUGAAACCUUUGUCUGUGAAAAAGCAAAGGCAGACCAGCUGAUUCAGACCCUACAUGCUGUUGACAAGGAUGACCCUUACAGUGGACACCAAUUCUCCUUCUCUUUGGCCCCUGAAGCAGCCAGUGGCUCAAACUUUACUGUACAAGACAACAAAGACAACACCGCAGGAAUCCUAACUCGGAAAAAUGGCUAUAACAGACACGAGAUGAGCACCUAUCUCCUGCCUGUGGUCAUUUCGGACAACGACUACCCAGUCCAAAGCAGCACUGGGACAGUGACUGUCCGGGUCUGUGCAUGUGACCACCAUGGCAACAUGCAGUCCUGCCACGCCGAGGCCCUCAUCCACCCCACAGGGCUGAGCACAGGGGCUCUGGUGGCCAUCCUUCUGUGCGUCGUGAUCCUACUAGUGACAGUGGUGCUGUUUGCAGCUCUGAGGCGGCAACGAAAGAAAGAGCCUUUGAUCAUUUCUAAAGAGGACAUCAGAGAUAACAUUGUCAGUUACAACGAUGAAGGUGGCGGAGAGGAGGACACCCAGGCCUUUGAUAUCGGAACCCUGAGGAACCCCGAAGCCAUGGAGGACAGCAAAUCUCGCAGGGACAUUGUGCCUGAAGCUCUUUUUCUACCGCGUCGGACUCCAACAGCUCGCGACAACACCGAUGUCAGAGAUUUCAUUAACCAAAGGUUAAAGGAAAAUGACACAGACCCCACAGCCCCACCCUACGACUCCUUGGCCACCUAUGCCUAUGAAGGCACCGGCUCGGUGGCCGACUCGCUGAGCUCACUGGAGUCAGUGACCACAGAUGGGGACCAAGAUUAUGACUAUUUGAGUGACUGGGGCCCUCGGUUCAAAAAGCUAGCAGAUAUGUACGGAGGGAUGGACAGUGACAAAGACUGCUAAUCUGUUGCCUUUUCAUUUUCCAAUUAUGACACUGGAAUAUAUGAA